GCUGCCUCUGUCAAAGUCAACAGAAAUUCCAGUCAAGAAAUCAAUCUAGAAGACCAUGGAAUAUCAAUGUACCUUCCUCCUGGAGCGGUUCCACCUGAUGUUUCUUGUCAGAUCACCCUAACCAUCUGUAGAGAAAAUACCUGUGUAGAUAUCACUGAAGGUGAAUCAAUGGCCUGCUAUGGGAUCAAGUGUGACCCUCAACCCUUGAUCUUCAACCAACCUGUUACGAUCACUAUACCACACUCUUCCUUGGUCGUCCAUCCAGAGCAAGUAAAACCAGACAUCGUUUGUCGUGUGUGGGACUCUAUCAAGGAUCUACCGAAAACUCUAAGGAAGCAAUCAUCCAACUCACCAGAAACACCACCAUACUGCAGACUUUACGAAAGACAUCUUGAGCUGUACAUCAGCCACUGUGCAGAGUGGUGGGUUCUGAUUCCACUCGAACAACAGGUGAUUCGACAGCGGAUAAUGUGUACUCCAUACGUCCCAGACAGGAUCAAAAGAGGACAAGAGCUUGCAGUUAAUCUUCAGUUGUGUAACGACCUACCUGGAAACGAAGCGGCAACACAAGAGGAGUCGAGACAACAAUCUUACCACAGAUGUCAUCGCUCGGUCCCUUUCAAUGUUGAAACAAAGGCUGGUGACGUCACAAUCACGUGCCAUCGUGAGGGAGGAGAAAUUGAGAGCCAGAUCGCUUCUCUUAGGGACCUUCUAGCCAAGAUAAACCAAUGUAUAUCGAUAUACGUUCCACCCAGUGAGGACGAUCUAAACUUUGCAGUGAUUACCAUAACGAUUACACAGGCUGGGAAGCUUGGAAUAUCACGAUCUAUUGCCUUUGUCAUCAGAUAUACAGAUGGACCUGUGUGCGAAUUUCCCUCCGAACAGACAGAUCUCACUAGGACGCUAGAAGAAGUAAAGAACAGUGACCUUCAAUCUGACAUAGACAUUCUAACAAUAGCCCAGACAAUGGACGUAAAUCAGUUCUAUGAUUUGGGCAUUGCUCUUGGCUUCACCAUAGCUGAGUUGGAUCGGGUAGAGUAUAAAAGAUCCCGAGAUAGGCAGCAAGCUACAUACGACAUGCUUGUGGUAUGGAGAGGGAGACAAGCAUCUACCCAAGCAGCAAAGAAUACCCUCAUCACAAUUAUAGAAUCAUUCAACUCAUCUUCAAAUGAUACAACUUUACCAGAUAUUGACCCAACUGAAGAGAUUCCCGACUGUAUGCUAAUACAAUUCUCCCGUCACAUUAACAAAGAGAAAUUCUAUGAGAUUGGCAAGCAACUGGGAUUUGAUGACAUAGAGUUACAUCACAUCGAGCAUCGUUCCUUGUACAAUAGGAAGGAUGCUAAUAUCCAAAUGCUCUCGAUGUGGAAAGCAUCUCAAUUAUCAUCAGAUAAACCGGAUGAAAAACUGAAGAUGGUCUGGGAAUCCUUAAAUGAGGCUUCAAACGUGACGGACAUGAAUGAUGAUGAGCAGAGUGAUGAUGUGACUCCUCUUGACCCGGAUGUGAAUUCUGACCCAUCACCCCGAGAACCAGAAGAGGAUGAAGAUGAAGAGAAUGAAGAUUGGAAAAUCAUUGAAUACUCAGAGUCAGACAAAGAUGACAUUGUUGGAGACUUCGACGAGUAUGGAGGUUCACCUGGGAAUUCAGAACUUUGUGCAGUUGUUCGUCCAGUGGCGAACGUUACGUUGGCCUUACAAGUAGCUAACGCUCUUCGCUUGGACGUGAAUGACAUUAUAUCUCUCAUUGCUCCGCACGACCCUGCAUUAAUGGAGAGAUUAGCGUGGAAACUCCUGCAUCAAUGGUGUAGACGUCUAGGAAGACAGGAGAAGGAAGAGAAGAUGACUACCCUUCUUCUAGGAUACAACAUCGAAGACACUCAACCAGGUAUUGAUGAAAUCUCUGUCAAGAUUCGUACAUCUCCAGACCUUAUUGACCUCUCCCAACGGCUAGAUUUACCAGCUUCUGAAUUUUGUCAGUUGAUGGCUUCAUCUUUUACCUUUGAGCCUGCCUUCAUACGUCAAGUGAUUCUACAAAUGCUUCAGAGAUGGGUCAAACAAGGAGGAACAAGACUGAGGUUGCUUGAAAUUGUUCAAGCGUUUAAUUUCAAUGAUGCUGCAGAGCAUAUAGCCAGAGACUCUUCUAGUCAGAAACUAGCUGACCCUAUUAACUAG